AUGAGUCAGAACCAACUGGAUGCCACCAAACACCAACGUGGUUUGGCUGCAAAACGCUGCCAGCUGGGACAUGGCUUCGCUUCACACUGGGAACACCUGGCAGUUGGAGGAGGCGACAACUGCCUGGAACCCAGCUGGGUUUCCAAAGAGCACCCUGUGGAGUAUAAUGGAAUGUGCUUACAAGGGCCUGCAGGGGUGCCUGGUCGCGAUGGGAACCCUGGGGCCAAUGGCAUUCCUGGCACCCCAGGAAUCCCAGGCCGGGAUGGAUUCAAAGGCGAAAAGGGGGAAUGCCUUCGGGAAACGUUUGAGGAGUCCUGGACGCCCAAUUAUAAGCAGUGUUCAUGGAGUUCCCUGAAUUACGGCAUAGAUCUUGGGAAAAUCGCAGAGUGUACCUUCACCAAGAUGCGCUCCAACAGCGCUCUCAGGGUGCUGUUCAGUGGCUCGCUGCGACUCAAGUGCAGGAACGCGUGCUGCCAGCGCUGGUACUUCACAUUCAACGGAGCCGAAUGCUCAGGACCUCUUCCCAUUGAAGCUAUCAUUUACUUGGACCAAGGAAGCCCGGAGCUGAAUUCGACAAUUAAUAUUCACCGCACGUCUUCUGUGGAAGGACUUUGUGAAGGAAUCGGUGCUGGGUUGGUGGAUGUUGCUAUUUGGGUUGGUACCUGUUCAGAUUACCCAAAAGGAGAUGCCUCUACUGGAUGGAAUUCAGUGUCUCGUAUCAUCAUUGAAGAAUUACCAAAGUAGCCUUUAAGUUUCACCUCGACCUCGCUUUACCAUACUUUUGAAUGUUUUUCUUAAUUGCAUAUGAUAUCAGUUUUGUAUCUGUAUCUGAAUAAAAAUGAAGUGCCACAUGUUUACAGA